AUGUUCGAUAGCGUCCCUUACCAUGUUGCAACGCAGUGCCAUGCAAUGCUCAACACGAUCAUUACCUGUCUCCCAGGUUUCAAGCCAUUUAUGGACAGGGCGAAUACCGGUCUGCUCAGUAUCUCCUUUAAAAGCCGUUUGGCCGGCGGAGUGUACGAUAAUACGUUUACCGAAUAUGCCAUGACCAGUCUGAGGCGUGUUGUCCAUCCGCGUGGAAUAGGGGCGUCGAGUCAGCGACAGCUCAAGAGCGUCAAGGGCUCGAUACAAAACAAACUCGGGGGUACGCAGCGGUCGUUUCGCCCGGAUGAAUACAGCCAGCAUGCGGACGCUUUCUCGGACAGCAGGAUACUCACUGAAAGCCGGUCUCAGAUUGAAGAGGAAGGGCCCGAUAAACUCAUCAUCAGGUACACAACGGACUGGACCGUCCAUGUGCAAGAUGAACACCGCUCGAAUUCUGAUGCAGCGAGUCGAUAG